AUGGUCGGAAUGGGUAGGGUUUACCAGGAGACGGCGAGGCCCUCGUCUUCCUCCGCGUCUCCAUCAUCGCUGGCCGUGACUACCUCGACGUCAGUAACAGAGACCGUCAAUGGUUCUCACGAGUUUAAGAUAACAGGGUAUUCACUGUCAAAGGGAAUGGGAAUCGGGAAGUAUAUUGCAUCUGAUACGUUCAUGGUUGGCGGCUAUACGUGGGCGAUUUAUUUUUAUCCUGAUGGGAAGAGCGUGGAGGAUAAUGCUACAUAUGUUUCGCUUUUCAUUGCUUUAGCUAGUGAAGGCACGGACGUAAGGGCGCUCUUUGAGCUGACCCUUUUGGAUCAAAGUGGCAGGGAGAGGCACAAGGUUCAUAGUCAUUUCGGUAGAGCAUUGGAGAGCGGGCCAUACACUCUUAAAUACCGAGGCAGCAUGUGGGGUUACAAACGUUUUUUUAAAAGAUCUGCCCUGGAAACAUCUGACUACCUGAAAGACGAUUGCCUUCAAGUUCGUUGCUGUGUUGGUAUAGUUAGGUCUCACACAAAGGGACCUAAGAUCUACUCAAUAACAGUGCCUCUUUCAGAUAUUGGUCAGCAUUUUGGGCAGUUGCUGGAAAGUGGAAAAGGCACUGAUGUAAAUUUUGAAGUUGAUGGAGAAACAAUUUCUGCUCACAAGUUGGUUCUUGCUGCUCGUUCACCAGUAUUCAGAGCUCAACUAUAUGGUCCAAUGAAGGACCACAAUACUCAGCAUAUAAAGAUUGAAGAUGUGGAGCCACCUGUUUUUAAGGCAUUACUUCAUUUUAUCUACUGGGAUGCACUACCUGACUUUGAGGAACUUACUGGAAUGAACUCAAAGUGGGCCUCGACCCUGAUGUCACAGCAUCUACUUGCCGCAGCCGAUCGAUAUGGCUUAGAUAGGCUCAGAUUGCUUUGUGAGGCUAACCUCUGUGAGCAAGUUGCCAUUAAUACUGUUGCAACAACACUGGCACUGGCAGAACAACACCACUGUUUUCAGCUGAAAUCUGUCUGUCUCAAAUUUGUUGCACUUCCCGAAAAUCUCAGAGCUGUUAUGCAAACGGAUGGUUUCGAGUACCUCAAAGAAAGCUGCCCGAACUUGCUGACCGAGUUAUUGGAGUAUGUUGCGAGGAUCAAUGAGCACUCUAUUGUCGGGAAGCAUGGAAUUGACGCUGUGAUGGAUGGAGGUGAUGCCAAUGGUAGACGCGUGAAGCAAAGACUGUAG